AUGAUCUUCUCACAUCGCACUGUAAAGUCAUUCCGGUUGUCAAUUAGUCCAGGCGGAUCCGAACGACUUGUUGCGUUUGGUCCGGGCGCUAUUUUGAGCGGAUCGGUGUUUCUUACACUUGACAAACCUUUAAGAGCGCACAACAUUCGAGUCGCUUUUCGAUGCGAACAAAAGAGCAACCGGGCUAUCAAAACACUCUUCAAUGUAGAGAGCAUCAUUUGGGGCAAGCCUCGGUCAGUCGAUAGGGCAGCAGGUGAUGAAUUGAAAGAGGGUUGCCACAUGUAUCUGUUUGCCAUCAAGUUGCCCAAUGUGAACUAUCCACCGUCGAUGCAGGAUAAUGAGCUUUGUCACCGCGUCGACUAUACUUUGCAAGGAUUUCUUGAUCUGCACGAUCAACGGGCCAUGGAGACAGCCCCUGCACGCGUCAUGUAUCUCCCGUUAAUAUCGUGCGUCACGGACGAGCUGCCACCCAAGGAAACGCAAGAGUUUAAGCGAGGCAGCAACAAUCGACUACAGCUGACGCUACAGGCCGCCAGACCGGCCUAUUGUCCAGGUGGCUCCAAAUCAGGCGACAACUGCACCGUCAAGCUGAUCACAAAGAACAGGUCGGAGCACAAAAUCUCGUCCUUCCAAGUGGCACUGGUGGCCAUGGCAGGAGCAGCAGCAGCAGCAGCAGACAAAACCCACACCGUACACAGCGAAACCAUCUAUGCGCCCAUGGGCAAGUAUGCCAAUAAUACUUCCGUAUGUAAUUUCCAAAUCCCAUCCCACUGCGCACCGUCGCUCGGUAAUAUCACCUAUCAGAUUGUGGUCACGUUGCCGUGGGGCGCCUCAAGCUGGAAGUUUCCUUCUUCGUUGAAUAACGUGAGCAUCAGUAUCCCGAUCACCAUUGCAACCGUCCCAGCAACAUAUCCUGUCCCUCCGCAUCUGCAACUCCCGUUGCCCUCGUUUCUCCUCCAAGAAAACGGAGCCGCACUGCCUUCGUUUAUACCAAACAUUGAAUCACCGGAUCCGAGCCCGAUGAGCCCCGUAUCCAUCGACGUCCACUCACCGUCUCCUUCUUUAUCGCUCAACGAAAACACCGAAAACGACCACCAAUCAUUGGAUGGAAGGACCCUAUGUGAUGGCUGGCCAGGUGGCGGUCACCAUCAUUAUGCAUCACCGUCAGCCCCUUCAGCUGUCGCCGGAUAUCUCACUGUUCCUGCAUCAUCGCCAAAUCAUCAUCAUCAUCUUCUUCUUAGACGUUCAUCGACAAGCUCCGUCCUCACAGACUGCAGCGCCGAAAUCAAUAGCGUGUAUUCAGACUCUUCCUCCUGCACACGCGUGGCUGUACAAUAG